ACUGAACUGAACGGCGUGUCGCACAGAGCGGGAGCGGGAAUGAAUGCACCGCCACCACCGCCACAAUCAAUGACGUUUACGCGUGCAACUCGCCAGACAACAACUUUGCGUGCACCUCCCACCCAUCUAACACACCCACAAGACACCGCCCUGCCAUGGCCACGCGCCGACCCAAGAAGGUCGAGGUCGACGUUCCAAUUCCGGCUCCGUGCACCGAGACCAUCAAGCAGACCGCCGACACGCUGCAUUCCGUGCGAGGCUCGCCGUUCCUGCCGACAGUACUCGAAGCCACCCUGCUCGCACUCUAUCCCGCAACUCUGAUUCUGGGAUCGCUCUUCAGCACCUUCCAACCCGCUAGUCGAAACGCUACGUACCUCGCCAGCACGCAGUCAUACGAUCCACGAGAUGCCCCAAGCUAUUUCGCAAAAAAGAGCAAUGUCUUCAACGUGUAUUUCGUCAAGAUAGGCUGGUUCUGGACAACUCUGGCUUUCUUCGUCCUCAUCCUCACACAUUCGUCACAUGGGCCUCCUUUGCGCCCGCAGUUCACCAAGCGCAGACUGCAGGCGAUCGCGCGCUACGCAGUCAUCACGACCAUUUGGGUGUUUGUGACACAGUGGUUUUUCGGUCCUGGAAUUGUCGACCGCAGCUUCAGGUGGACGGGCGGAAAAUGUGAGCGAGUUCUGGCCACGGACUUGGCAGAAAAGAUGGAACCGGGCGACGCGAAGGAAGUCUUCUCACACGCCGCUUGUAAGGCAAUCGGUGGCCAGUGGCGCGGAGGGCACGAUAUCAGCGGGCAUGUGUUUCUACUCAUCCUGGGCAGUGCCAUGCUGUGGCUGGAGCUGCUCCCGGCUGUUUUGACACAUGAGGGGCUGCGGGAGAAGAGACGCAUUCGCACCUCAGACGGGCUCGUGCGCAACGCUUCACUGGAAAGUGGUGCUUCGACCAACCCGGGAAGCGUCGAGCGGCCGGAGCUGGGAUUUGGCAUCAAGACAGCAUUGUCAGUGGCCGGACUGAGCUGGUGGAUGCUGCUCAUGACUGCGGCUUUCUUCCACACAUGGUUCGAGAAGGUGACUGGACUGCUGGUCGCAUUCAGUGCCAUAUACACCGUUUAUUUUCUCCCUCGCGGUGUACCAGCACUUCGUCAGGUACUUGGUCUACCGGGGAUAUGA